CUUUAUGGAGCAGGAGUGCUGGGGACUGUGGUAAUGGUGGCUGCCCCUGACUGCAUAGCUGAGCCUGCUGACAUUCUCCUCCAACGGAGUUAGCCAUGGAAAUCAGAGACGAUGCUCUGACCAUGCAGAAGGAGGCUGGGAAGCACCAUGGGGCUGUCCGCACACCCUGUUCCCCCAGGCACCCGUGGCCAGCGGGGCCCUGAGCGGGCCUGCCGGGCGUGCCGGGCCGGCACUGGGCUCACGGGGGGAGCGCUGGCUGCCACGGCCCUGCCGAAAUGCUCGGGCCUGAUGGGGACAGCAGCCCCGGCCGGCCCUGCCCCUGCGGCCGUGUCAAGGGGACCUCUCAGGGAUUCUGUGGCUUGAAGCAGCCCCCAGGACUCAUGCCGCGUGGCUCCGGCACACCUGUUGAUCGCCCCCCGUGAAUUUCACAGCCAAAACCUGCCAGCGAGUUCAGGCCAGCGCUCCGCCGCCUCCCCGGCGGUUUCCUGCGGCUGCGCCCCGCUCCAGCCUGCCUCGCACAGGGCAGGCUCGGGGGGAGGGGAGGGGCGCGGUGCUUGGAAAAGCACCUUUAAGAGAAAGAGGAAGGGGCUGAGAAGCAGCUUAGCUGGCUUUGUUCUAAUAGCAGUAAUCACCUGAAGGGCGAGCAUGAGCCCGCGGCGCUGGACCGCGCGGCCCUGCCCGGCUGCCGCUCGGCUCUCCCCGCCGCGGCUCUCGCUCCCUCCCCGAUGGCAGCUUGCACUUUGCUCCUGCUUGGAACAAGUGCACUCAGCGGGCUUUAUUGUACAAAAGACCAUAUUUACAUAAACAGGGGAGAGGUUGGUCAGAAGUGUUCUCAGACACUGCCGCUGCCCACAGCGAGCAGGACGUGUGCCGAGAGGAGGAGGGGAUCUCUGCAAGGCAGGUGAGGCUGAGUAGUGAAGAGCAGCAUGGACCUGGAUAUGCUGAACAUGUUUGUCAUCGCUGGUGGCACCCUGGCUAUCCCCAUCCUGGCCUUCGUGGCCUCAUUCCUCCUCUGGCCCUCGGCGCUCAUCCGCAUCUACUACUGGUACUGGCGCCGAGCCUUGGGCAUGCAGGUUAGAUAUGCAAACUACGACGAUUAUCAGUUUUGCUAUUCCUAUAGAGGCAGACCUGGGUACCGACCGUCCAUCCUGAUGUUACAUGGGUUCUCAGCCCACAAAGACAUGUGGCUGUCCAUAGUCAAGUUCCUGCCAAAGAACCUGCACUUGGUAUGUGUGGACAUGCCUGGGCACGAGGGCACGACCCGCUCGGACUUGGAUGAUUACUCCAUCAGUGGGCAAGCUAAGAGAAUACACCAGUUCGUGGAGUGUAUCAAGCUGAACAGAAAGCCCUUUCAUCUGGUUGGCACUUCCAUGGGGGGAAAUGUUGCUGGUGUCUAUGCUGCUCAGUACCCAGAAGAUAUUUGCAGCCUGACCCUCAUCUGUCCUGCAGGCCUGCCAAGUACCACUGAGAGCAAGUUCAUUAAGCAGCUGCGGGAGCAGCAAGAGUCCAAAUGCAUGGACAGGAUCCCUUUAAUCCCCUCGACGCCUGAGGAGAUGGCAGACAUGCUGAAGCUUUGCUCCUACGUUCGCUUCAAGGUGCCACAGCAGAUCCUCCAGGGCCUCGUUGAUGUUCGCAUCCCACACAACGAAUUUUACCGGAAAUUGUUUUUAGAAAUCGUGGAUGAAAAGUCCAGGCACUCUCUCCAUGAGAACAUGAGCAAGAUCAAAGCACCGACACAGGUCAUCUGGGGAAAGCAGGACCAGGUCCUGGAUGUUUCCGGUGCCAGUGUUUUAGCCAGCGCCAUUCCAGACUGCCACGUGUACAUCCUGGAGAACUGUGGGCACUCCGUGGUGGUGGAGCGGCCCCGCAAGACAGCCAACCUCAUCCUGGAGUUCCUGGCGCUGCUGCACAGCAUCGACAACAACAAGAAGCAGGCGUGAGCGUGGCAGGGAGCCAAGUGCCCAUGCCAGGUUAAAUUGUAAAGUACUGCAGCUUUGAUACGUUCUCAGGGAUCUUGUACGAAUUGGGGUCAAUGUGCCAAAGUCCCUGAGGAAGGCAGAAUCACUGAUACCUAAACCUAUAGCACCACUGGCACAGCAACCUGGGGUCAUUGAGCAACCUCCAUAGAUGCAGGAACAGAAGCAGAGUAUCUCCCUUUUCUGCUUAGAGGUAAGGUAGAAAUGAGCUGAAAUCACCCAGUGCUCAUCACACAGCCACCCAUCUUACCUGGGUUACCAGCACGUAGUUGUUCAUGACAUUUACCUAAACUAUAUAUGAAAUGUAGGAAGAUACCUGGAAACCUGGACUGAGACUGAGACUUAACAAUAUUUUUACUACUUAGAGUCCAUCGUGUUGCAUGCUGCUGUGCUGUAAGAGAACCCCCAAGUGCUCCAGGCGUCUGCUUGAGUGCUCUUUGUGUAGCUCCUGAUCUCAUGAUUUAUCCAGAAAACAACAGAAACCUUCAUGUGUGGAAGUCCAAUGACUGUAUGUGCAAAAAUGUUUACACUCCGAGUGGGUUUUUCUAAAUCUCUGAGUAGCUCCUGUGUAUUUGUAAUGCCUUAACGUUGCCCAGGCGUGGUGUCUGUGCACAGCCCAGGGUUGGCUCUACCUGAGGGUGGACACAGCCAGUGACAACGGGGUGCAGGCAGCAGCUUUGGGACUGGGGCAAUGGGAACUGCCCGGGGUGAUCCGGCCCCUGAGCUGGAGUCAGCAAUAAGCCCAUGGCCACGGUGUGAUUCAGCCACCUAGGGUGAACUCUUGUCUCAGCUCCUCUAUCACAUCGUGCUGCUGAACACCUGGGUGUAAAUAAUGAUUUUCUUAAUGAAUUCUGUGAAUUCUGCAAAAGCCAAUGCCACUGGAACAGGCUGAGGGGGGGAGGGGGCUGUGUGUGACCAGCACAGGGAAUGGUGAGGAGGGGUCAGCUCGCCCAUGAGGUGCUGGGCCGUGGUGGGGAGAGGUACAAUGUACUUCUGCAUCCUCUCCACGGUUACAGCUCCUGCCCAAGUGAAGCUGUAGGCAGGAACAGGCAAUACAGGCAAGCUGCACUUUACAGGCUGCAAGGUGAUGUUCAGGGAUGGAUCCUGCACCUCUCCAGGCGUGGUCCCUCACUGCCUGUCCGGGGACAGAGCGCUGCUCCAGGUCUCAGGCAGGACCAGGGGGUGCUGGAGGGCAAGGCAGUGCGUGGUGCCCUCAAAGGCAAAGCAGCAGGUGGCUGUCACCCCUCAGUCACCCCAGCCCUCCUCAGGGGGUGACAGUGGGUGCUGUUAGAGUGUCCCCCCCCGACUGGGAACACAGCUGACAGCUUCCUGGGGUGCCCGGAUCUGUACAUACAUCUGAAACUCCCUGUCAGCUUCUUGGCUCUUUUUAAGAGAAGAAAUAUUGUUCUUUUAGAAAAAUAGAAAUUUGCUGUUAAUUGCUUGGUAUUGUUUCUACUACAGGAGUUGAUUUAAAGAACAAAAUUGCUGGUAGUUUUAUGUGGUAAAAGCCAGAAAAACUUGUUCAGUAUCUAUAUGGUUUCUCAUGCCACAGAUUGCUGUAUGCAGAGGAUUUAUAUGGCUAUUAAAAUCUAGUGAUUUAAGGA